UCAUUGUUGCCAACUGACAUGUUCGAUGAUCUAACCUUAAAAUCAGUGUGAAAGAAUGUUUAUCAAUUUUUUACAAAGAUAUUAAAUAUCAUAUUCGUUUCUCAAUAAUUUAGAGAAAUGAAGCGAUAAUUGUACAAAUAUAUAAAUUCAUUAAAUUAAAAAAAAAAAAAAAUAUGUUCGCUCCUAAAUUAUAUUCGCGAGUGAUUAAUUCUACGUUUCGAUAUCAAGUGAGAGGAAUUCAAUCAAAUGAUUCGCUUUUAGAUGAAUGUACUGCAGUGAGAAAUAAAAAUCCAAGAAAUUUAGAAUUAUUAACAAUUGGUAAUAAACCUAAGGGAUAUUGGCUAGAAAAAGAUAAACGUACUUUUUGGCACAAGCCAGUGUUUAUAAAAAACAGUCGUUGUGUUACUUUAGAGCUUCAUCAUUUUGAAAAUGGAAAAAUUAUUUCUGUUUCAACGAAAGAUUGGUCAUUAAAAAAACAAUUACAAAAGCUCAGCAAUACUGCAGCUUAUGUAGCAUUAGGUGAAGUUUUCGCACAACGUUGCCUUGAAAGUGGAAUAACAACAAUGAUGGAUUUACCAAAUGAAAAUGAAAAUGAAAAAAUAAAAAUAUUGAAAGAGAAAUUAAUUAGUUGUGGUAUCAUUCUUUCGGAAGCUGAUCAAAUUAUAACACCAUGUCCCUGGCAUAAGACAAAAUUAAUUAAACCCUGGGAACUUGAGGUUUAAUUCAAUAUUCUUUGCCUUAAAAAAACAUUGUAACGAAUAUUGUAAAAGUUUAUUAGAAACCCUUUUUUUUAUGUACAAAAAACAAUAUAUGUAAAUUAUUAAAAGAAGUAUUGAAAUAAAUAUUUUAAAAAAAGAAGAA